CCUAACAGAGUGGGUAUCUACUCAUACUACGCCCCCACUUACCUCUCUUUCUACUUCGUCUUGUUGCAGUUCGGGCACGAUGUCAGGAUCGACCCUGUUCGACGACAUCGACGACGCCGAGGAAGUCUUUGGUACAAAACAGGAAAAACCGAAAGAGAAAGAGAAGACCAUAUUUGACAACCUAGACGACGACACGGACGACUUUCUUACUCAAUCCGAGGUUGUACCGGAAGAAGCACAUGUGACAGCGAACGGAACAGAGGAAGACGAAAACGAUUCGACGAUGGCUCGACCUGCCGCUAGUAGUGAACGUGAAGCGGAAAUUGAGGCUUUGGAGGACCAGUUGUAUGAUAAGUCUAAGACUUAUGAAGAACGCCAGCAAAUUCGAUCUCAACUUAGGAAGCUGAAAUCGGGUAAAAAACAUGAUCCUCGUAGCAAAAGUGGGGCCAAGUCUGCUCCAGUCGCUGAUAAGCGUUCUGCCUCAUCACCACGUAGCUCACCUGUUGCGGCUGCAAGACGCAAGCUGCCUGAUGCUCCGAAGGCAUCGCCUUUGACAGAGAAAAAGAAGAAACCUAAAAAACCUCUACCUAAACCAUUGUUUUCAGACAAAGAUGAAGGUGAUGAACUUUUUGGUGGUAAGAAAUCAGCAAAGAAGAAGCAAGAAGAGGAGGCAAAACAAGAGGAGAAGGCAAGGCAGGAGGAGCAAUUGAGGCAAGAGGAGCAGGCCAGACAAGAGGAACAGGCAAGACAAGAGGAACAGGCAAGACAAGAGGAACAGGCAAGACAAGAGGAACAGGCAAGACAAGAGGAGCAGGCAAGACAAGAGGAGCAGGCAAGGAAAGAGGAACAGGAAAGACAAGAGGAACAGGCAAAGCAAGAGGAGCAGGAAAGGCAAGAGGAACAGGCAAGGCUGGAAGAGCAGGCAAGGCUGGAGGAACAGGAGAGGCAAGAGGAGCAGGCAAGGCUGGAGGAACAGGCAAGGAAAGAGAAACAGAUUGAGCGUGAAGAUGAGUCACAAAAAAUUGAAGCUGCUGAGCAUGUUGUCGAAGCCGCUGUUGAAGAAGAGGCAGCCAUACCUGAGGAAACGGCAGUUACUGAUAAGGCAGAACACCAAGAAGAGGAACAUAUUUCAAAUGAAAACAUAGAGGAAGGCUACGAGAUCAUUGACGUUGUAGAAGAAAUUGAUGAUCCUACAUUGGCAACAAACGAGGCAUCUCAUCAGGUAGAAGACGAUGAAGAGGAUGAAGAGAAGGCAACUGUCGAAAUGGCAGACGAUGAGGACAAAACAAGAAAGAAGUUUAAAGAUGACGAACAGACAAGAGAUGAUCUGGAUGACAUCCAAAGUUCUAGAGAAACAUGGUUGGAAGACAAGGUUGCUCAGCUGGAAGAGGAACUACGUGAUUUACAUAGCAUUCGUCAGAAGCAACAUAAGUUGGAAGAUCAGGUGGCUGAGCUGAAAGAAGCUAACGAAAAGUUGUUGAAGGAAAAGAAAGCACUAGCUCUGGAGCUAUCUGAAGUGACAAUGAAGAGUCGAACACAAGUGGCAGAGAUAGGUGAACUAAAGGAGAAAAUUACCAAGUUGGAAUCUCAGAAGAAGAAAGAAUCAACGCCUGUAUCUGCUGAAACAGUAUCUGCUCGCAAAGUUUCAGAUGUCAAAACUGAGCCUUCAGAAAUGAGGAAACGAUCUGUGGAGAGAGUAGUGAAGAGACUGGCAUCGAAAGACAGUUCUAUCUUACAGAAAGCAGAAAAGACGCCAAGAAAGGAAAAGUCUGGCUCUCCUGCGAUUCGCCGUGGUAAACCUGAGUCACCUGUAUUGAAAAGGAAAAAUGAAAGAUUGCCAUCUCCUACUAAAACAGAAGCUCCAGUGUCUGCUGCUAAGCAGGCUGUGUCACCAUCUGGUCCAAAGCCAGAAGUUGCAUCACAGAAGCCACGAUUUUUUAGAUCAAAACUCAGCGGAAGUAAAAUCAAAGCUGAUGAAGAUAGUAAGCCAACUGACAAACCAGAGCCAAAGAGAGAAACUGUUCAGCUACGAGAGAAGAAAAGGUCAACACCAGAGCGAAGUAGUUCAGUCGAAGACAAAUCAGAAGAGCAGGAGUUAUUCUCACCAACUGAGGAAGACGAUUUUACAAGACCUCGAGUUGGAACUGCAAAGCGCAUGUCUGCAUUAUGGGAGGAAAAAGCAGGAAGUCAGCGUUCUCAGACAAUGAGUGAUGUUCGUAGUUCAUCUCAUGAAAUUUCGCCUCUUGAAGACCUUGGCCAUGUUGAACCCAAGGAACCCGAGUGGAAGCGUAAUGUUGCCAAACAGCGAGCCGCUCAGCUAGCUGGAAGGCAGGACUCUGACAGCAGUGAAAUUCCAAAGAGGACACCACCUGCUUCUGAAGAGCCUUCUUCACAGACUGCCGAAGAACAGAACACAGUUGAAACAACUUCUGAAGAUGAGGAUUCUUUACCCGAGUGGAAGAAAGAACUCGCUGGUAGAAGAGCCGUUCUUCGAAAGACAUUUGAAGAGACAGAGAAGUCAACGACUCAGGUUGAACCCAAUAAAGUGAAUGGAGGAAGCGAAGACGGCAGUAGUCGCAAGAGAGUGACCACAACAGGUGGUGUUUUUCUGUCUACAGCUCAAACCAAGUGUCAAGUUUGUGAGAAGACUGUGUAUCACAUGGAGAAGAUUGAGGUGGACGGGAAGUUGUUCCACAAGUCCUGCUUCAGGUGCAAAGAGUGCAAGAAAAUGCUGAGUGCUGGCACUUAUGCAUCUCUUCAUGGCCAAAUCUUCUGUAAACCACAUUUUAAGCAGCUGUUCAAGUUGAAAGGCAACUACGACGAAGGGUUUGGUCGUGAGCAGCACAAGACAAAGUGGACAAGCUGAUUGCGACAGUAUGUCAACGAUUCCUCAACAUAUUUGAUUGACUGUUUGAACGCUUUUAAUGAAUGUUUGUCUUAUUAAAUGUUAUGGUUUUUGGAAGGUAAUGUAUAGUAUUGCAUUCUAUCGCUCUCGUCUAGUGCCAGAUGGCAUGAGAGUAUUGAGGAACUAAGUGACGUUUAGCUGGCACUGUUGCAAUUGGUUGGUAGGCAUGACUGGUUACUGGUAGAUGAAGGAACUAGCAAUUGAACGCUCACUGAAAUAGAAAUGUCAUUGAUUUAGUAAUCAA